UGGAGUUCAUUGCCAAGCUCCUAGAUCAGCAACCAUGGUUCAUUUGACAGACCAGGACAAGAAGGCUAUCAAAUGCCUGUGGUCACAGGUCGAUGUGGGAGCUGUUGGAGGAGAAACCCUGGGAAGGCUCAUGUGUGUCCAUCCAUGGACCCAGAGGUACUUUGGCAACUUUGGAGACCUGUCUUGUGUCUCAGCCAUUAUGAACAACCCAAAAGUCAAAGCCCAUGGCAAGAAAGUGCUGUCCUCCUUUGGAGAUGCUGUUAACAACAUGGACAACCUCAAGGAGGUCUUUGGCCAUCUCAGUGAGUUGCACUGUGACAAGCUUCAUGUAGAUCCUGAGAACUUCAAGCUCCUGGGUAACACGCUGGUGAUUGUCCUCUCUCUUCAGCUUGGCAAAGAAUUCACCCCUGAGAUGCAGGCUGCUUGGCAGAAGCUUGUGGCUGGGGUGGCCAGUGCUCUGUCCCACAAGUACCACUGAGCCCUCUUUCCAGAUGGGCGUCACUGCUGUGUGUCCUCAAAUCCCUUCUGCACAUGAGUGCUGGACUGGGCCUUGAGAGCACAGCUU